AUGGGAUAUCUGGCUGGGCAGUAUGGCUCAGAUGUCCCCACUACGCCCGCGGAUCCCUCAGGCUGCUUCGUUGUCCCAUGGCCCAGCGUCUCGAGUGCAGAUGGAUCAGAUGGAUACGCACCAAGAUUGGGCCCACGCGGGUACAAUACUCGUCAAGCUCUCAAGAUCCUUCCGGCUAUCGUACCCCCGCCGGACCAAGCCAGGAUACGCUUUAUGGCUGUCUUCUUUGGCGCCAACGAUGCAUCGCUACCAGAUGCGCCCAACAAGCAGCACAUUCCACUUGAUGAAUUCAAAGCCAACCUCAAGGCCAUUGUGUCGCACCCACAAAUAAAGGCCCAUGGCCCGCGCAUCAUCCUUGUGGCUCCCGCUCCAAUCAAUGAGCAUCUGUGGUGGCCAAGAGACGCGUCGAAUGGAUACACCAGCGUCACGCGUCUGGCGGCUACGACCAAGGUAUACGCAGAUGCAGUUGCCGAAUUAGGUACUGAACUAAAACUUCCUGUUGUCAAUCUGUGGGAGGCCUUCAUGGCCAAGACUGACUUCAAGCUCUGCGCAUGGAAGCUCGGAGACGCUCUCCCCGGGUCUUUGGAGAUUGCGCAGAGCGAUGCCCUGGUUGAACUCAUGUAUGACGGCCUUCACUUCAGUCCAGCAGGCUACGAGAUCCUCUACCAGGAAUUCAUCAAGGUGAUAUCAGCGCAGUGGCCCGAUCAAAUUCCCGAAAAACUUGCCAUGGUGUUGCCCGCGUGGAAUGACGAGGCUGCGUGGGAAGAGGCGUAG